CUGGGUCCUGCUACUAGUUCCAGAAUUGGUUGUAGCUAUUCGUCGAGACGUAGGUGAACACGAGCGGACCGGCCGGUGCGGCUGCGGCUCGCCAUCAUGCGCACCAUCCACCGCCUGUGUCACUUGUGUAUCGGACAGAAUCUACCACGGGUUAGCAUCAUCCGGGGAAAAGACGGCUUUGGAUUCACCAUCUGCUGCGACAGUCCGGUGCGGGUUCAGUCCGUCGAGGCUGGCGGUCCCGCUCACCAGUCGGGCCUCCGUCCAGGCGAUGCCGUUUUGCAGCUCAACGGACUUCCCGUGGAGAUCUGGAAGUGCGGAGAGCUGGCUCACGCCGUCAGGAGUUGUCCCGGUUGUAUCGUCCUGGUGGUGUGGAGAGGCUCGCCUGAGAUCAGGACAUGCUGUGAGACUUUGGUCCGACCACCAGCAGCCAACAAGACCGCCAAGUUGCUGCGCCAGCCCGCCCAUAGCAAACAUGGCCACCACAGACGUGAUCAGGGGUCCCUGGUGUUGUCCAGCUUGGGGGUUCUUGGCUCUCUCUGGAAGGAUCACAGUAAAGAAGAAAAAGAAGCGCAAGGAGGAGGAGGUGAAGAAGAAGAAGAAGAAGAAGAAGCAGCACAUUGCACCUCCAGGCUGGAGGAUGCCGGUAUGACAUCUUCAAAUGGCGACAAUUACAUCAUCCUGUCUCCCAUCGCACCGCAAGUGCAGCUCGUCCAUCCUGUCUUUGAGGACAGAAGUAGGACCAUUGGACGUCUGUACCAGACUCACCCCGGAAGUGGUCUCAACCUCGUCGGUGAGACCCCAGUUGGGUUGCCGCGGCAACCGAUCGCCCAGGGCCCUCUCACCUUGGUUCCUCCCACACCCUGCUUCGCCUCAUCAUCUACACUGCGCAACUACCAGAACUGCACCAUAAUCCAAUCGCAUCCGCCCUCCUGCCACGUCGACAAGGUGCCCAAAACGCUCAUCUUCCCCGUUUUUGUUGAGCCCGUGGACCUGUGCAGCCCCGAUAGAACCCUGUUCAUGUCGGAAGAAAUGCUUCUACACCAGGCCCAGCAGCUGCCUCGCAAGGUGACCGUGUUGAUCUACAACGACAUUCUACUUGUGACCCAAGAAGACCAAGCUGGACGCUAUCAGGUCCUCAAGAGUCCGCUCUAUAUCAACACGCUGCGACUCCAAGAAGUGGUUUCUGCACCACGUCACAUCUUCUUCCUGCAGAGUUCCGUGAAUUACUGGCACUGUCUGUUCAGUUUGGAAGCCUUCAGCAUGGACCAGAAGCUACGCGUCAGCAUCUGUCUCCAUGACAACAUCCAACAACAGCUGGUUUCUGUGGAAACCAUCCACACCCUGCAGGUGUCGUCUUCUCCCUCAGAGUUGGGGCUCUUCCCCUCUCCUCCCUCACAUCCCUCCCUCUCCAUCCCCCAGCGAACGGCCUCCCCCCGUCCCUCCCCCACCGCGAGUCUCCCGUCCCCGCGCCUAAGUCCCUCCCCAACUCUCAGGCCUGUGUGGAAGGACAGAGUGAAGGGGGAAGAGGAGGACAAGAGAAGAUGGCCCCAAGAGGAUUUAGGCUCCGCCUCCAGACCAGCAGGCCUCAGACGUUGCGUGUCAGAGGGCUCCAUCGGGGAGGAAGCGGAAUGGGCACGAUGGUUCUCGGACAGCGCCGUCCACCGCCUGAGCCUUGGCCUGCGUGGCCGACCUCCCUCCGUGCAGAGCCUCAAGAAACACCUGACAUCAGAGGGGGUCACCCUGAAACACACGCUCACGCUGCUCCAGGGAGCCGAGGAUCUUGAAAUUGGAAAUGACCUCAGGAAGAAAUCCAAGAGUUUUAGUACUUCAGACGUGCGCAAUCGUCUUCUGUUCCUGUGCCGUCGCAAGCGUUCGGUCCAAAGUGACAGUUUGGAGAGAGCCCUGAGGAACGCCAGGCCGUCUGCAAGGGAGGUGCUGAUGUGGGCCGAGAGUCUUGAGAGUCUCUUGGCCAAUCAGUACGGUCUUGCGGUAUUCCGCCACUUCCUGCGAUCGGAGUACAGCGAGGAAAAUCUGGACUUCUGGUUGGCUGUGGAGAAAUUCAAGGAGACACGCCCCCUCAGCAAGAUGGCAGACAGAGCUGCCAAAAUCUACGAGGAGUUCAUCUCGUGCAGCGCGGCGAGACAGGUCAAGGUGGACUCCAGCCUCCGAGAGUCGACCAAUCGCAGUCUGCGUCUUGGUGUUGACCCCGCCUCCUUCCAGCUGGCACAAGAUCAGAUCUUCAGCCUAAUGGAGGCUGAGAGCUACCCGCGAUUCCUCAGGUCCCGCCUCUACGCACAGCUGGCCAAUCAGAACAUUGGGCCUGCCUAUCAGAGCCAAGCGGUUUUCGCUGCGUCGAGACUAGAGAGAUUCUGAUAAUAUGCAGUUUACCGUCGACGUGUGACUCUAGAAGAAGUUGAUGGGCAUCUUCAUCCAGCCAUGAUGUGUUUGACGAAGUCGGUGUAAUUGACGUGGCCGUUGGGGUCCUCCUGUCCGGCCAUAAGCCGGUCCACCUCGUC